GAAAACAUCCGGUAACAUUUCUCCCAUGUACUAGGAAGUGGGCUUCGCCACACAGACAGCGGUCAGAAUGGACAAGCCUGCAAUUGUUAUUGACAACGGGUCUAUAACUUACAGAACUGGAUUCGCCGGAGAAUCUGGUCCGAUGACGUUUCCCUCUAUUGUUGGAAAACCUAGGCAUAAGGGCGUGGAAAGCUUACAAGAUGACGAUAUUCUCUUUAGUGAUCAGGCCAAGAGUAGGAGAGGGGAUCUUAGAAUAAAGUACCCCGUCGAAUGGGGCAUAAUCACCAACUGGGACGACAUGGAGAAACUGUGGCAUCACAUGUUCUACAAGGAACUCCGUAUAGAUCCAGAGGACCAACCCAUCCUCCUGACAGAGGCCCCGUUGAACCCAAAGUGCAACAGAGAGAAGAUGACACAGAUCAUGUUCGAAACUUUUAACUUCCCCGCCAUGUACUUGGAAAAUCAGGCAGUGUGUGCUUUGUACGCGAAUGGCCUCACCACUGGUAUAGUGUUGGACUCCGGGGAUAGAGUGAGUCACGUGGUCCCUGUUUAUGAAGGAUGUGCUCUUCCAUAUGCUAUUCCAAAGGUAAUUAUUUCUGGAAUCGAUAUCACAGAUUACCUCAUGAAACUGCUAAACGAACGGGGUUUCUCAUUCACAACCACAGCCGAGAGAGAAAUCGCAAGAGACAUUAAAGAAAGGUUUUGUUAUGCUGCUUUAGACUUUGAACAUGAAAUGACGUGUGUGUCAACGCCUCCAGAGAGUUACACACUUCCUAACGGGCAAGUUAUCAGUCUCGACAGGGAGAGAUUUAGAUGUCCUGAAAGCCUUUUCACACCAUCUUUAAUAGGACAUGAAUGUAAUGGUAUUCACGAGUCGCUUUAUUACAGUAUAAUGAAAUGUAAUAAAGACACCCCCACCUCACACCUGUUUGGUAACGUUGUACUCGCCGGAGGUACCUCUCUGCUGCCUGGUUUUGCGAAUCGUUUACAAAAAGAGUUGAACAUUUUAGCACCAGCUGGUAUGAAAUCUCGUGUGCUUGCUACACCAGAUAGUCAAACCUGUACAUGGUCCGGGGGUUCAAUUAGGGCGUCAAGGUCCACUUUUUUGGAUGAAUGUAUAAGUAAGGAAGAAUACGAUGAAUACGGACCAGCCCUUGUCCAUCGAAAGUGUUUUUAAGAAUAACUAAUGAUUUUAGGUUACCGUACUAUUGUUUUUCAAUUCAGGAGACGUGAUGAUCAAUAUUAUAGCAAAUUCAGCAUUUAAUUAAAAAAAAUGUAUUAACCGUAUGUGUUUGUAAUAACGCCAUAAUAACGUUGACGUCAACAAUCGGCUCAUUGCAUUCAUAGCAUAUUUGAAUGCAACUUGAAUGUGGUAAGGUUGUAUAGACACAAUGCCAUGCGUAGGUAAAUAUUUAAGCAUUGAACUGCCUUCAGUUGGCAUUCAUAGGCAAUACGAAUUCCAAUUGAACAAAGGCAAAUUCAAUGAAGCGCUAUAGCGCUUCAUGUUGGAUUUAUCUUUUAUUAUGUUAUAUAAUGUCAAUGCCAUACGGUCGUAAAUAGAACGAAAUAUUGUACCUGAUCAAUAUCCUUUAUUACCGGCCAACGGAAGGAAUACUCAUUAUUUAUAAGUGAUUAUUGAACUAGAGCUCUGUUGUUGAAUUUAUCAGGUUCCAGAUGGCAUUCAUAUUGACUGUAAAUGCAAACUAAAAUAUGUUCAAUACUUAAAUACCAUUUCAAAAAUAGUUUAGUCACAGAGAAAAUAUACGUUAUCAAUAUUUCUCGCACUAUAUUAUCAUUUAUAUUAUCAAAAUUCAGUAUGUAGUUUAAAUAUAUGUAUAUAUUGUAUAUGCGUGUUAAAUUGAUGAAACAGUCAUGUAGCAGGGUAAAUAGUAAAAUAUGACUCCAUAAUAAUUGUGAAUGAUCUUAACAUGUGGGUAAUGGCAUUUAUAGCUGAUAUGAAUGCAAUUCUAACUUGUAGGGUUAUAUCAUGGCAGUGCCAAAGAGUGAUGAAUAUUAUUAAUUGUCUUUGGAUUUUUUUCACUGUUUUUGAAGCUUGUAUCUUGACAAACUGGCGGAUUGGCUAAAAUUGACAUUUUGUUAUUGUGUGCACAGUUGCUAUUACUUCUGUGCUUUAUAUCGAUUUUAACUAAUACUCAUCCCAGGACCGUCUUCUUGUUCGGAUCAAGUGUGCACCAUUGUAGUUGUUUUUUUUUACAUGUUUUUCACUUUUUGCAAGUUUCCUGACUCCUGAGACCGUCAUAAUAUUGUAAAAUUGAAAGACAAUAAUUUUAUAUUGAGACGUAUGAAAACUUCGUUUAUUUAUCUUAAUCGUGCGUAUUUAGGUCAAAUAAUACCGUUUGUUGUGAUCAUAUAUUUUGUCAUAUCAUAUUCGAUUGUGAAAUGCGAAUGUUUUUACUUUUAUUCAAAAUUUAGUUUUCUUUAAAUAACGCAGAUUUGCUUUUCACACUUUUCGCCAAGUUUUGCUUAUAGUUGAUUAACUAUGGACUGCAUUGUUUGUUGAAAUAAAGUUUGAUCACAUAUAAUUAUGUACUUUGUAUCAGAUUAAUUCAUGUAGAUGUUCAUCUAAAAACUAAUAUAUUGUUCAGAAAACUUCUGCCCAUUGCAUAUUGCUAGUUAUAUUAUCUUGACCCAUUACGUAGUAUAUAUUUAGAAAAAAAUGAAUACUGACUUUAACGGGUCUAAUAGUGUUAUGAUAUAUGUAUGAGCGAUUUAAAAUUUUUCUUAAGAGUUAAUAGUGAGUUAAUAGUGUUAUGAUAUAUAAUAAUAUGUAAGAGCGAUUUAAUAUUUGUUUCUUCAGACAACUUCAUGCUAAAUAUUGUCUGAAGAAAAUCUCAUUUCAUCGAAGUGAUCAUAUGACUAGCUGGAGUUAUCACACUAAGAACCUAUCCUGCUCUUUUGAAGGAAUGGACUCUUCUCUGAACUUAUUCGAUUGUAUCUUAUGUGUAAUAUGGCAAUUUUAACUGUAACAUAUUCUAGAAGGACAAAGAAACACGAAAAAUGAAGAAUGUUGUUAAAAAGAAAAUGAUAACCCUUCAAGAACUCAUUGUGGAAUGUUAAGUCAAAUGGCACGUGUUGUGAUUACAGACGCCCUUUCCUGAAAAUACAUCAUGUUGUCAAAGAAGGACAUAUUUGUGAUUUGUGCUAGACUUUCGGAUCUAUGCUACAUGUACAUGUACCUUCAAAUUUGUGUUAAAUUUAAGGAUAUAUAUUACUUUAUACAUUAUUCCUGUAAAAUUAUAUGAGAGUUAAGGUCAUUUGUUACCUAAACCAUUAUACCUGUGAUCUGUGUCAAAGUUAAUGUUAUAUGUUACCUUACGCACUGUAACAGUUAUAAGGUGUUUUAAGGAUUAGGGUUCAAACAUCGUUACUGAUAAUAUCUGUGAUUUGUGUUAGAGUUCAGGUUAUAUACUUACUACCUCACAUACAUCUGUGUUUAUCUAAGAUUUAAGAUUAUAUGCUACAUGUUCCUUACAAUUUAUACCCGUGAUAUUUGGAAGAUAUAUGUCAUAUAUUUGUCUUAAAUUCUAUGCACACUUUUUUGUACACUUUUCAAACAUAUCAUUAAUCAAUUUUCCUUCUUUCAAUUGUAAAAAUAAUGUUAUAAACUUCUCGGGGGAAAAUAUAUAUAUACCUGCAUGCAAACCAAGUAGGUAUGAUACAGUAAGUUUAAUUGACACAAUAUAUGUAGAAUUACAGUGAGUUAUAGAUACACAAUAUCUGUACAAAAAUGACCUUAUACUAUUAAUGUUUCCCCUUAUGUAACUAACAUGUUACAUUAAAAUAGGUUAAAGAUAUGCAAAUUUUGUAACAUUACAGUACGUUAUAUUUACGUUAUAUAAUGUCUGUAAAAUUACAUUGUGUGAAAAGUUACAAUAUUUACACAUGCAUAUGAUAUUACGAACUAUGCAAUGUCUGUAAAAUUACAUUGUGUGAAAAGUUACAAUAUAUACACAUGCAUAUGAUAUUACGAACUAUGCAAUGUCUGUAAAAUUGAAGUAAGUAGGUAUGCAAUGAAUUAACAGAAAUAACAAUAUACCAACUAAUGCUUCCCGUCUAGGUAUCUACCCGUCAUCACUCUAGAUUACCGUUAAAGUUCCUCAAUUACGAACUGUACAAUACCUGCUUACUAUUACAUGUUAUGGUGUUUUAUUCAUUUUUUUCCUUUAUGUAACGAUACCUUAUAUUCAGAAUGACAGGUUAUGAUAUAUCCGUUAUAAACUUUAUAAAACUUUGUUCAUAAUAUACCAAGUAAACUACAGUGACGUCAUACUCGGAUGCUUCGGGUUUUUAAUAUAUCCAUUCCAUUGUCGUUAAUUGUACGAAACUUAUGACAUCAUAAAUGAGGGCAUUUUUUGAUGAUGUUUUAUAUUAGAUAUUCUGAUAUGAAAUAUUAUCCCCAUUGUGUUGUGUUCCUUUAUUAAUCGACGUCAGAUUUCAGUAAUGUAGUGGAUGUUUCGGUUUUACUAAUAUAGGUACUAUUGAAUACACCAUCCACAGAACACUAGUUAGAUACACAGUGACGUUCCACCCGCCAUGUGUGAAUGCUACAGUCUAUAGAAAGUAAAUUGAGCUUUGCUUUUGUAAAAUACACUAUAUCAUGUUUAUACUAAUGAAAAUAAAUCAAUUCCUUACUUGAGAUUUACACAAAGUAUUUUAAGUGAAUGUGGACUGAUGUAUAUAUAGGAUGACACAAAGUAUUUGAAAUGAAUUUUGACUGAUGUAUAUAUAUAGGAUUACACAAAGUAAUGAAAUCUGUAAUUUCUCUAAGUCUAUGUGUUACAGAACAUAUAAACAAAUUAUUAUUUUGAAAAGUGUCUAGAAUUGUUGACUGAAAAUGAACGAAUUGUAUUGUGUAAAUUUAGAAAUAUUUAUCAUAAAUUUAUAGUUAGAACUGGAAGAUGGAAUAAUUUUAGUACUAAAACUGAAUACAUACUGCGAUAACCAAAACAUUGGUGACAAAUUUCACUACUAUGGGCGGAUUGGUCAAGUGGUUAACACUUCGGCCUUCCACGCAGACGGCCGGGGUUCGAUCCUCGA